CCACUAAUACGGAACACAUGUAUCAUGAAAUUGUGGAGUUUGCAUAUAUUAUAUAUCAUAAAACUGCAGAUGAACAAUAAAUCUUGGACCAGCCGUAAUUGGUGCACGCGAAAACAAUAUUGACUCAUUAACGCGUAUAUAAUACAAAUGACAGGAAGAUUAAAUAAUAGAUUGCCACGCAAUUGAAAUAAACGACAGGAGAAAUACGUGAAAGAUAGAGUAGAAAAUAAGCAUUGGUCUCCAAUGUCUUCAAAAUGUGAAAACGACUAAAGAUGGGUUCAAGUGGUAGUUUUUAAAGUGGACAAUAAUAAUGCCGAUUAUGCUUAAGGUGUAAACAUUAAUAAGCGCUAAUGAGAAGUUGAAGAAAUUAAGUGAAUUUUAUCUGUACUCUCUUCUCUCUGCUUUCUCUAUUCCUUUUCGUAAAUAUCUCUUUUUCUCUUUACCCCUCUGAGUCUCUUUUUCUCUCCAUUUGUCUCAUUCCUCUAUCGAUUUUCUCUGUGUACCCCUCCCUUCAACCCCCACCCACCAUCAGUUCUUCCCACCGCCGUUCCAUUCUACUCCUCUCCACUUUAUUGUCAUUGUGAAAAAAAGCAAAAAAAAGACUAAAAACUUCAUUACGCAGCAUGAAAGACCAUCGGCGAUAUCCCACGCGUGCUUUACGCGGAACCGCGUAUGAGGUAGCGAUUAAUGUGAGAGGUGCUAAUAUGUGAUGGAUAUAGGAGAUACAAGAGGAUGAACAAGUGUUUUUGAAGCAUUCGAAGUACUCGAAACCUCCUGGAAACUUUAGUAAAAGUGAGAGACACUUAAAAAUGCUGCGACACAUCCUAAGUAACCUAACGAGCACCGGUGUCCCAAUCGUACCGUCCACUGAGAGAAUGAACGUCCCAACGCUGUCCUCGACGAUCGAGACAAGUUUACUAAGCACUACGAACACCUCAAGCACCCCGGGCACAGCAAGCACAGCGGUCAAUGCUGCCGGGACGAUCGUGACCAAUCCGUCCACGGGUUUAACGGGCGUCGUCUUUACGGCCACGUCUAAGCCCGACCAGCACCAUUACAAUGCUACAGGUUAUGUCGGUACGGAACACGACGAGCUUGAUUACAGUAUACUGGCGGCGUUUUCGGACAUGCAGACGGUUUUUUUGGCGUGUAUUUCGACGCUAUUGCCACUGAUUCUUGCACUGGGAAUAGCCUUUGCGAUAAGGCACGUAUGGAGGAAAUACCGGAACAGGAGGAGUGGAUCGAGACAAAUAUCCUGGUACAGGGGUAUAUGCUCCAGGUACGACACGACCGAAUCCUUACAUCAUCGUCCACACUCAGGGACUGUGACAAUUCAACCUGCGACUCGCGUUCUCUCAGCUCAAGAUCUGGUGAACGGAAUCGAUGGUCCCAGGUACAUCUGCCAGACGGAAGUGAUGGAGGAAGCGGCACUUGUGGCAAGUAACAUGGAGUACGCAUCCCCUGGGAAUCACACAAGCAAGAACCCUAAUGGCAACAUCAUCACCCUCACGCUCAAAAAUAAUCAUCUCAUUGUGGAAACAGAGGAGAGAGCAGUAACAAUGGAGGAUAAGAAUCGUAAAUACGAAGAUUCCAAUUGCUCGUUCGUGGUCGAAGUGCAACCAGGAUAUCAGAGCGACGAAACUGAUGGGAAUAAAGGCUCUACGGAUGACGUUGCUGGUAGAGUAACAGAUCAGCAAGCGCUGGUGCAUCGCGAAGAGAUUCCGGAAGAUCAAACCUCAGGAUUCGAAAACACGAAACUGUUUGGUAGUACCAAUACUGGUCUAUCGCAAUCUGAUUUAUCUAUCUCCAGUGAAGGAUCGGCCAAUCCUAGUUACCGUUAUGGCAAUCAGGUUGAGUAUGACGCAGGACAUUUUGGAUAUUCCGUCUACGCGGGCUACGAGACUGAUUUACUUUCGCGAAAACUCGAGGGUGGAUCCAAGUGGGUGGAGUUUGAUAAAUCUCCUGACACGGAGAAGACUCUGCUGGAUGAAUCAAAGGAGCCGAGUAUCGAUACGGAUGCAAGUGAAAACCUCCCGUCAGCGGACAAGCAGAUAAACACGGAAUCAUCUAACGAUUUAGGAUCUUCGAUAGAUCAAUCGGACUCCACGGAUGCGAGUAUCUCUACGGACACGGUCAGAUCAAAUCCAAAUCUCCAAGUGAACGGGACCAUUCCGAAUAAGUUAGAAAUAAUGGAGCAGAAAGCACUGAGCAUAGAUUUUGGCAGUAAACCAGUGAUAACCGGCGCCUUGCUAAAGGACGACACUCAAGAGGAUACAAUACAGGAGCAACAAAGGAAGCUGGGUAACGGUACUCUCACCCCGGAGAAGAUAGUAGUAAUGAAAAAGGAUCAACCAGGUUUGAGCUUCGUACAAAGUCACAAACGCAGUGGAAGCGUCCCGACACGACUGAUUGAGGAAACCCUAGAACUGGAUCGUUCGAAAAAGUCACUAGACAUUUACAGUCAAAUAAAAACUAGUAGCAAAAGUAUAUUACCAGGAUUGAAUCCAAAAUUUGAAUUACUGCAAAAUGAAGUCAGUCCAAUCGAGGAGAAUAAGGAGAGUUAAUUCGGUUACCCACAUAUUUUUUUGGUUUCCUAACGUAGAAGCUACUCAAGGAUCCGUUGCGCGACGAACAUUUACGGCGAAGAGGAACCUCCAUGAUUUCUCAUCCAACCGAAUAAGACGCACGAAGGAAUUCGUUCUACGACGAGGAAGAAAGUGACAGAGCAGCUGGGUGGGUGGAUGGAUGGAUGCCUAAAAGGAAAUUUAGUAUGAAAGGAUGGCGGUAGGUUUGUACGCGUUAUACGUGCUAUGUAUAUCAGUACCAUGAGCUGAUGGUAACAAUGUCGACUAACUAAAGUGAACACCGGUAAAUUUCAAGAACAAUUGUCGACUAACGAACCUCCCUGCGUGGGUAUUAUGAACGGCCACGAGAUCGUUGCCGAUUUAACCUGUAGAUAUACCGUGGAACUUGAACCUAGAUGUAACCGACUACAGACUACAGCUGGGUUUGGACGUAGACUAUUUUCUAUUGCGAGAUUUUAAUGAAGAAAAGCUCGGACGAUAACCGUCAGUAUUAGAAUAAGCUUUAAUGCUCCAUGUGGAUUCUAGUGCCAAAUAGUUAUUUAAGCGGAUCGUCCAUUUCUGCAGUUAUGCGCAAUUAUAUGUUGAUCAUCAUUCAGAGUUUUAUACUGUUCGGUUUAGAACGUUUAUCGCAUAAAUAUAAGGUUAAUGCUCCGUCGUUAAUUGUCACUGUUAAUGAUGCUGUUACGUAUGUUGAUGUUCGAGAUUUAUUGAUGGUUUUUCUGUUCAAGUAUAUUUAAAUCGAUCAUUUAUCGAUUCUUAACUUUGCUCCAUUGGUUAUACGAUUAUUAACAUAACGUAAAUCCUUUAUCGUGCGUUUCGAUGUGAUUCUACAAUAGUGCGUAGAAUUAGUACUUUCAUAUUAGAAUGCGAUUGUAAUCAUUGGUAACGAAUGUAUUUUGGCCCAUUCAACGUGGCCAGUUGUGGCUAUAGGUUUUAUAUAAUGCUGGAUGUCUAAUGUAAUUGAAUAAUAAAUAAAAUCACGUAGGGUAGAAUGGCACUGACUUACUUCCGACUUUUCAAAAAUCGAUUGGCUAUAGGCAUUACAUUAGCAUGCUGGCGAAUGAUUGCAAAAAAGGCGUGCGAUGUAAAUACAAGGACUGAUCUGUUCGCCAAUUUUUUUAAUAAACGAGACCAACGAAUCUGAACAAAAAUAAAAUUUAUCUAGAACCAUAAUUAUUAAAGCGCCGUUGAGCAACUUGUUUAUUACCUUUUUUUUCGACAGUUUUUGAAUAAAUGGAAGUCCAAACUGAUCGCAAGACACGAAAGGGAUCGUUCAUUAAUUAAGAAUCGGCAAAAAAGCGUACGGCAAAAAAUCAAAUUCCAAUCUAGGUAAUAUCUAGUUCUAAGUAUUCAAGGCCUCUUUAUGCGGGACAACGUAUUGCUGCACUAAAUUUCUUAAGAAUCCAUAACGGAUUCUGAGAAAAGAUCAAAAUUAAGAGAAGAAAAUCCAAUGAUAAUUAAUACAUACCAGUGUAGAAGAUAUUUGCACAACCGUCGAAGGAGAACGUCAAAAAAAGCGAGAAUUUCAAUGAAAUGAAAAGAAAACCACUUUCAUAAUAGUAAACAUGCCAUCUUCUCUUUUUGAUAAAUCAUCGAGGAAAAAAAAGGAAGAAAAUUGACAAAUGAGAGAAAAAAGAACAAUUUGCGAAUUUCCUCCACGGACCGAUGUGUUCUAAAAUGGACUCCUACACUCCGCCCCUUCUCCCUCCCUUCUAUCUGGUCCCCUCGCCGUCAAUCCCACUCGCCUCAUUUAAUACGAUAAGAUAGAUGUAAUAAACUCAUAGAAUACAGUCAAUUUAUAAUUUAAUCGGGGAACUUAAACGUAUAAGAUUUAAUUGUAAGCCAGGGCUGCGACUUCGUCGCUCAUCCGUUCCAUGCGAUCAAUAAACCGUAAUCGUAGGAAUUGUAAAUCGGAAAGGACAACUCCUAAUCAUAAAAAGUAAGCUUCUAUAGCCGAGAUUUCGUUUCUCGUGAAAUGUUUUCGAGGACACCAUUCUUUUCGAUUGAAGGUGGAAAGUACGUUCUGUUCGCUGAAUGAAAAGGUACCAUGUUAUACAUGUCAAUUUAUUUUGCAAAAUAAAGGAUCAAACGUCAAA